CUUAGAUUCCGGAAGACGAGGAAAUGUCUACUGGUGUGGUCUGGCACGGGCACUCGAUAUCCUGAUGCUCAAUGUGUGCGACAAAUUGGACUACUACAUUGAAGCAGGACGUGUGAUCGACUACAUUUGCGGGAUCAACGUUCAAGGUGACGACGGUCUGGGGCUCCACGAUUUGUUGCAGUUGCUGACGCAAGCGGGGAAGACGGAUGGCGGUGUGAAAUCGUUGUGGAAUAAGAUGGCGGUACUCGUCUUUGUUUCUGAGGAUAUCUCUUGCUCUUCAAGACCAUGAUCUUUAUUAAGUACCUUCUUGAUUGUUGGAAGAUACUGCUCAUCUCAUGCUCGUCCUCGACAUGAUGAAGAUAUAAUUUGCUUUUCUAGCGAUCAUAGCCACCCCCUAAAGCUAAUGUUGUCCCACUCAAAACCAUCUUCAACAGAACUGCGGUCCCGCUCGAGUGAAUGCUCUCCUGGACGUGUUCGGUGAUAGUACACAGCGUGGCGCCGACCCGGAGUUCGUCAGAGAAGGCCUCCGUGUAGUCCAAGAAGCCGGUGGCUUAGCCGCUUGUCAAGCCACCAUUCGCGAUGCUAGGUUACUUCAGAAACAGCUUUAUCAAGGUUGCACUUUGUUUGACUUUGAGUAUUCGUCGAAAUUCUUUGGGUCGGCAACCGACUUGGUCAAAGCGGUCCGCUAUUUGGAACGGCAUGCAGAGUAUACUUCAUUCCCAAUUCUGAAGUUUGUCCAGCUGAUCGGCACCAUAGCGCCAUCGGAGAAGGAUUUGCCGGACUUUUGGGAGUUCUUGCUGCAGAUGCAGGAGUGCCAGACGUUGCAGGAUUGGAAGGACAUCGUCAUAGAACUGUACGAAGACAACACCGCUUCCUUUUUAGACGACGACGAGGAGAAGGAACUGUGGCUAAACUUCGCACCAGAGCGCUUCUUGUCUGUGCCUCUGACGACAGAAAGGUUGAAAGACUACAGAGGCAAGGGGAAGACGCUGAUGCAGCGGUGGGAAGUGAAGCGGUUUUUAGAUGCAGACCCUCAGAAAAAAAAGAAGCAGCAGAUAAGAAAAGCCAGGACAAAUGCGAGUUUGAUGGCGAGUUUUGGAGGCGGUGGAGGUGUAGAGAACGAUGCUGGAGCUGGUGUGGUAAUGCCUGGCUUUGAAGGAAAACACAAAGCUAGUGGGGAACAAUCAGGUGGAGAGGAAGAAGAAGCUGUUGCUGGUGUAGUAGAGCAAGACUCAUCUGCAGCUGCCGGUGAGAGCCAAGAUCAGGACUCAGGAGGAGGCGCGGACUCAAAUGAAACAGGCCCUGCUGACGGACCCGAGCAAGAACCUGAGCCACAACCUGGCGCUUCUGAGGAACAACAGAGCAACGAAGUACUAGAUGACCCAGAAGUACUAGGUGACCCAGAAGUACUACGUCUAGCGGCCGAACAAGAAGGGAAGAACGCUGAAUUAUGGGAAGGCGCAGAUCUGUUCAUGGCUCGCGCUGAACUAAUCAAUGCUACUAGCGCUGCUAGGAAGCAGAAGAAACGAGCAAGAAAAGGACCGUCAAGAUCGUAUCCUGCUCCAGCUGCGGUUUCGGGUUUCUUGGAGAUUUUGAAGUUGCAGAACAUUCGCUUGUCAGAUGUUUCUCUUCUGAUUCAAUUCCUCGACAACCACGCCAGCUGGGAAGAGAUGUUGCACUCGUUGCAGUACAUCCGCAUCGUAGCCAGAUUAGCUGAUAAGGGCUUGAUGCCUCUGGACUACUAUCCGAAACGGGAGGAUCAACUAGCUGCAGAAGAUGAAGACGACAAAGAUGUUGAAGAAGGAAAAAAAACCUACAAUUCAACCUCGAUCCAUCGCAGUGUCCAUGACAAGUCUCUUCUAGUCGAGCAAGAAGCUAUGUACCAACUUCUGAACGCCAUGCGACAUUACGACGGAGGUUUCCCAGAGUUGCAGAAGGACUUGGUCGAGAAGGUGCCGGUUUCGCAUUGGCAUAAAACGUUUGCUCUAGGAACGGAGAUCAUCCGCGUCACCAAGUCGCCAGCGACGAAGAGCUAUAGCGAUCAGAAGUUCAGGUUCUAUCUGGAGACUGCUGAAGAAUUGGAAGACACGUUCUUGGGCUACACAGAAGCGUUCAGGAACAGCAUGAAGCUAUUGCGGGCGUGCAAAUUGACGGGUCAGAGCGGUGUGCGAAUGGCGAUGAGCGACCCCCUUUAUGAUGAUGGAAAAAGACUUUGCACUUGAUUAAAUGGCAGUAGCUAACUCAUGGCAGUACCUCACACUCUAACUCAUGCUCAAUCGUACUGAAGCCAAUUCAUCUCCCCAACAUUCAGAACAUCAAUCUUUCUGUUUCUGUUCUAAUCCCUUCAGCCCCUCUUCUACCGUGGAAGCUUUUUGCCCGGCCACGCCGUCCGAGAUCAGCAAACAGGAAAACUGCUGUCCAAGAAUGAACAGUGUCUGCGCAUGGAGUCCAUAGCUGCAAUCGAGGCAGAUCUGAACUCGAUGUCCCCGCGAUCCAGGAAAAGUGAGGUCCUCAAGAGACUACCACCAGAGUACUUGCGGAAAGUGGACUUGGUAGUAGACGAAGAGAAACGGGUCAUUGAUGCGGCAUUGUAUUCCGGAAGUGAGGAAGAGAAUAUGGAAGAUGGUGCUGUGGUAGGUAGUAAAGGAGAAAAGAUCAUAUUAGCAAAUUCAUCUUCUGGUGCAGCAGGACGAGCUGCUCUUGACAAAUCCAAGACAACAUCUUCUUCUAGUACUUCCAACAGUGCUGGACCACGUUCUCAAGUAGCAAGUACUGGCUCCUCUCUCUUCCUUCAGCGUGUGUCGCACGAGAAGUUCGCCCGCGAAGUUCGCGACCACUGGGAAGUCUGGCUUUCAGUCAUCCACAAACUGACCAAACUUGGUCGUGGGCCUUCCUUCUUCGUGGAGGCUACCGAGAACUGCAACUUGGCGGAGUUUUUAUUCGCAGUGGAUGCUUUGAAGGAGGUGCAGCUGUUGGAUGGCCAAGUCCCAGACGAGGACCUGAUGGACAAGCGAAGCGAUGGUACUGGGCCUUCAGCGCCAGGCACGUCACCGACCAUUUCUAGUCCUAGAGAACGACGGAAACAACCCGCGGCGGCUGGCUACACAGCGGAAGAAGCCAAACUGCAAGAAGUCGACAAGGAGACGUUCUUGGCGCAGAAAGACUGGGACUGGGAGAGCAUCUAUCCAGAGGAGAACAACCCGUUGGAUCCACCGGUCAGUGCAAGGCGAGCAACUGCUGCUGUAGAUGGAGAAGGAGAAGCAGCUCUUGUAGAUGAGGGCUCUGGACGAGCUGGUGGCGACCAGGACGACAGCGCAAGUAGCGGUCGUCUUCCACUAGUAACCUGGGAAAGUAACGGAAAGCCGAAGCAUGUAGUUACCGCUCCUGUUGCCGUUGCUGUUGCAAAAAAUAGUUGUAGUUCUCCUCCGAGGUCGCCGUCACCGAGAGCAGCUGAUACUAGACGGGUGACAGUUCUUGUGGAGAACGAGGACGAUGCCGUUGGCGGUCGUCGUGCAGCAUCCCCAUCGAAGUUCCAGAUUCCUCUAGAUCAGAAGAAAAACCCGAAUCAAGUCGUCGCAGUCUCCGAAUACACUGGUGGCACUUUUCAGUUUCAACGUGUCUCUCGCUUUUCUCCUUUGAAGUCACUUUUGAACCAGAUCCGACUCUAUGGCGGCCCAGAGACUUUCUGCUGGCUCCUGCGUGGUGUCCCACUCCAGCGCAUGAAGGCGCAGACUCUGGCAUUGCAAACUUUGGAGAACAGUCCUAUGCUAGCCGAAGAAGCGGAACGUGGAUUGCUAGUGCAAUUGCUAGAAAUGGUGGAAGAAUUGGGCGGAUUGAGGAAAGCUAUCGAAGCUUUGAGGAAUGAGGUAGACGACAUGCAAACGGUGGCGAAUGUCAAGGCUUUUGGAGAGCAGAACGCAGCAUCAAAGCUGCCACCUACGUCUUCGGUAGUCACAGGUACUGCUACAGGAGCGAGUAGAACCGUUAGUAAAGAUGGUGACAACCACGCUGCAGGACCAGGACUAGGAAGUGUAGGAACUACAACGUCUGUGCUAGCUGUGCCUCGCGUCCCACCGGCACCUCCUUCGACGUUAGUGAGUACUUUGGCUGGAGGUAGUGCUGCAGGAGGAGCUGGUGUUGAAAGAGGAGCAUCGCCACCAGCUGCAGGGCGGCUUGGUGGAGCAGGCGGCCUAGUACUAGCAGCAUCGCCAGUAGGUUCGGCCUCACCCAGUUCCCCUAGUGGAGGCUACGGGUUUGGCUCUGCCGUCAGCGCUAUGCAGUUGGGUGCCGACUUAGCACCCAAUAGUCGCAAGCGACGGAAGCAGUCAGUUUUCUUCGCUGCUUUAGGAGAACGGGUCUGUCAGGAGUUGAAGUUGAACACUGACGAGCCUAAUGAGGCGUUGGCGCGCGCAGAGCAGCUGAUUAAGCUCUACAAGGUCUUGUGCGGACCUCCUUUGCCGUAUGUGAAACCUGAAGGGGGAAAUGGUGCAAAAAGCAACGGAGCUAGUGCUGCUGGAGGUGGAGAGGCAGUGAGUCACGGAGAAAAAAGUGAAGGACAUCAUGGAGGUAGUUCGGAGGGCGCUCGCAACGGCUCGGCUUCGCCAGGUAA